GGGCUUCGUGAAGGGUGUAUCCAAUAAAAAAGAAACCUCUGUUCCGUUCAGCCGGCACGAGCAAGUUCCACACAUGCGGCAGCAGAAGCAACGGCGUAGCAGCUCUCAUUCAAACUGACACGGUUCUGGAUAAGAGAAGACGCGGUUAUUUCUCAUUAAAUCGGGUAGUUUUUUCGACAUAGUCACUUUAUUGUACCACGGGAAGCUUUUUGUGGUGUUACAUUUCAAAAUCGGCGUAUUUUUUUAUUAUCCCGCGCGCGCUAUCGUAACGUUUGUGUGCGUGCGCCCGCCAAGAUAAUUAGCUUACUGGCUAGCAUCUCCAUUCUUCCCAGGACUGAAUACCUCAGCGUGUGGUAAGUAGUAAAACUAAGACUUCUAACCAUACUAACAAGCAGUGUGUUUACCUCGAUAUCUUUAACACUAGGAAUAAUAACAUUUAAUGUCAACAUAAGGGUACGGAAGUGCUGUUUGUUAGCCGGAGUGAUGAUGAGCCGUUGUUUUAUCACAUGCGACAACAAUGAGAGUAAAAGCUAUCACAGUUAGGGGCAAAACUUGACAGCGUCGUGAAUAAAACAGUUAAUCAACAUAGUGUCAGGGCUGAUCAUGAUCUCUGAUAAGUUGCCGUGAAGUUUCUGUUAUGCUUGACCCGAUUCAAGGUUACCCACGCAAUGAUACGACUCUUUACGUUACUGUAAGCUAACGCAGGCACUAUUGACCAUCUGUCCAAUACACACUCGGUAGGUCAUUAAAAUAGGUUUGGCUCUCCACACACACACACACAUACGACGGCGACUGUCCACCCGGUCUCUUGUUCCCUAUAUUAAGUAACAUCCGGUUGCGCCCCCCUCUUACGCUAACCCACGUCAGAUAACAGAAAACGAGGUUAUUAUGCAUAUUAAUGUUGUCAUUAAUGUUGACUCUAGCGACAAGUUAAAGUCUUUAUCGCUGCUUUCUGUUGUACUUCCUUUUAAAGCGGUAUUAUCAGACGGGGCUCGUGCUCACUGCCGUAUUAAAUGAAUGGAUGACGACACGUGCGCAUGCAGGACACGAACCCCUUCCCUCCUCUAGAUAAGACACUGUUUUUAUCUUUCAACUUUAUUUACGGUCUGAAAAGGACGAACUAAAACGACAAAAGCUUAUCAAUUGCCAAGUUUUCUGAUAAUAUGAGGAACUAUUGGUAUAAAGUAACCUUCGGUCCCUUCCUGCGACACAAACAAAAAUGGCUUCCCUUUGGCAAGGCGGUUACUAGAGGUCCUUCUUCCGGCACGAGCGUGAUUACAAGGUCUUCUCUCCACGUCUCUUUAGCGUUUUAUCUGUUCUAAAAAAAAAAUAAAAAGCGUAUUUCCCUCAGUUAAAAGUGACGCACUUCCGUAGUUAACCUUAUUGUUAUCAGUAUCUUUUUUAAGCGUUGCCAUGAAAAUAGAUUAUUUUUAUUAUUAUUAUUACUUAUAUUCUCUCUAUGUUUUUUGUGUCUUUUCAGGAUGUACCCCUGCUCAUCUGCAGUUACAUUUGCACCAUGGCUGUUAUUUCACUCUGCUUGAUAGCCCAGCACCAAAGCAAAAUCAACAGAUCUAGUAUAAUUACAGGAUAGCAAUAAGCCCACACUUUACCUCUGUUUACCUUAUUUUUUCUGGUCUUUGCCGGGGUAAAGGUAUAAAAAAUUUGCACUGCUCAAUCCUAUAAAUCCUGUAUAUACAGGUGGGGAAAAGUUAUUUAUUUAUUUUACCGUUUACCUCUUAAUUUCACUAACUGCUGUAAAGAUAUAUUAUUAUAUUGAUAGGUUUUCUGUCAGGCAUUUUUUCCCGUUAAAAUUGUGAAACACUUUCCCAUUAGACUACAAUCAUGGUUUCAACAGCUGCAACCGCAACUGCAAUAAUACUGGCCACUACAGUAGCUACGCAUACACCUCUGACAGACUACCUGUGGCUGCUGAUUAUCGGCUUCAUCAUCGCCUUUGUCUUAGCCUUUUCUGUGGGAGCAAAUGAUGUUGCUAACUCAUUUGGCACAGCUGUGGGCUCAGGGGUGGUCACAUUGCGACAGGCAUGCAUUCUAGCCACAGUGUUUGAGACCCUGGGGUCUGUGCUUCUUGGGGCCAAAGUGAGCGAGACCAUCCGCAAGGGUAUCAUCGAUGUGGGCAUGUACAAUGGCUCUGAGCCGGUGUUGAUGGCUGGAUCCAUCAGUGCCAUGUUUGGUGAGUACUGGCAGCUUAUCUUGGAUGCAAUUACACCCGCGGUCAUUGAACCUGGUGAAUAAAGCUUGGCACUAUUCAGUUUUUAGAUUUCAGACUGCCACCUAGGAAAUAGGACCAACUUGUUGAGCUAUGUUCAUUUUGUUUUGGUUUUGAUCAUUUGAUUGAAAAUAUGCUCAGAUUGCAAACGCUGCCUAAUAUCUUAUUUUCCUCCUCCCCUAAGUUAUUAACUGAUAAGUCCCAAGCCUGCUGAGUGUACUUCUUUUCAAAUUUCCCAAGUCUGAAAUUACGUAUGUAAGUGCUGCGAGUUUAUUUGAAUGAAAUCUAUUUAUCCACUGUCAUUAGGCUCUGCUGUGUGGCAGCUGGUCGCCUCCUUCCUUAAGCUUCCCAUCUCUGGAACACAUUGCAUUGUCGGUGCUACGAUUGGCUACUCACUGGUUGCCAAAGGCCAGCAGGGAGUCAGGUGGCUUGAACUCCUCCGUAUAGGUAAGUCACAUUAACAAGCUGACCUUGUGAUGUCAUCUGUGAAUGGUUGAAUUGGAUCUUAGUUUCUCAAUGGACUUGCAGAGUGUGUCAGGUAGUGUGCUGUAAUCACAUUACUCUAGCCUUUCUUGCUUGUAGGGUCAGGUUUUAAUAUAAAACAACCAAAAUUUGGAUAUUAAUUUUGGAGUGAAAACUCCAACAGAACUCUGAUUAAAUUUGAUGAGUAUUAGUUAUUUCUGUGUGUGUGAUUUUGGAAAUUAAGUUGAUGAUUCUAUCCAGAGAGGCGAGGGAGGCAUUUGAUAAGCUCACAGGAGUGUCAGGAAAGCAUGAGGACCUUUUUUAGUCACAGCUUUACAAGAAUAAACAGUGGAACUUCUCCCUUCACACAUUGUUUCUCAUUUAUGUCAUGGUGCAUUCAGGUUUAUGUUCUAUAAAUAGAGUCCAGGCUGAUAGAAACUGGAACAUUGCACUUGUAGGAAAAUAACCUGUUGACAGAAUUGACCAAAAAAGUGCAAAUGACUUACACUUCUAGUCCAAGAGACUGCAAGCAAUGUUGCCAAAAACCAAAUGUCCAUUUUAUCAGGGAGAAUUUUAUUUCAAAUAUAAUGUCUACAGCCACUAAUUUGCCCUGGCCAUAUUUCUUUCUUUUUCAGUUGGUUCCUGGUUCCUGAGUCCCCUUUUGUCUGGAAUAAUGUCAGGAAUUGUUUUCUAUAUAGUCCGAAGGUUCAUCUUACAGAAGGUAAGGGGAUUGCAAUCAAACUGUAAUGUGUUUUUGAGUAAGAUUUUAGUCUUGAGUAGUGAUAUUUUUGGUCAUUUGUCACACCCCAAAUUUGUUAACAGUCAGAAUGAAAUAGAGGAAAUGCAAAGUGGCCCAGCUGUUCUCGGAAGCACUUCCUUAUUUGAGUCAGAGUGAUGUUAAACUUGUUAUGUAAUCAGCUUCAGUCAGACAAUGAAAUGGGGCCAGUCAUUCCUCAAAAGGUGUGACCUGAGUUUUUGACUCUUUACUGUUUUCUUUUCCCUACAGAAAGACCCUGUGCCUAAUGGCUUGAAGGCCUUGCCUGUCUUCUAUGCCAUAACCAUGCUAAUCAACAUUUUCUCUAUCAUGUACACUGGAGCUCCGAGUGAGUAUCGUUGUUUGAGUCAUUUUGCUUUGCAUGCCUGCCCACAGCCACAGUUUAAAAUAAACUGCUCCCUCAGACAGCCAGAUGCCCACAUGUAUUCCAGACUGAACCAGACUGUGUUUACCAUUUUCACAGAAGCUGUGUUUAUUUUAACAUGUUUUUUGGGGCUUUCUUGCCUGUGGUUGAAUGUGGGUCAUAGCUGGAAUGAAGUUUUAGAGCGGAGCACAACAGGGAGAUGGAAAUAAGAUUUCACUAACUCUUGACGUCACUGUCUGUCCUUCGAACUGAAGGAAGAAAAGAGAAGUAAAGAGGCUGUCCGUAGUUGUGUUGACACUCAGAAAUUUUCAAAGUAGUGCUCUGAAAUACUUUUUUGUUUUUUAUUCCAGAAUCUCUUUAUUAAAUGAGCAACCUUUGCUCCUUUGUUUUCUUCUCUCUGCAGGGCCUAACAGUUCAAGAUGUUAGCUGGCCUGGGCCAUUAAAUGGCUGCUACAGGCCAGAGUAUGACCAGAUAUGGUGCACUGAUGUGUGCAUGCACAUCAGCAGCACACUCAGAGGAGAUCACUUGCAGAUCCAGCAUAGCCCAUAAGCCUGCUUAGUCAGGCACAUUCUGUACAGUUGUGUCAAGUCUCCAAAACCACAAUGCACUGUACAUGAGGACCUGUACUUUGGUACCUCACAUUUAAGAAAAAAAAGGUGCGAGAUUGCAUUUUCAACUCCUUACCAAACUCACUAUGUUCUUGACAUGUAGUUUUAAUCCCUAUUAAUCCCAAUUUUUCUUACAUUGUAGAAAAGGACAAAUAUCACACAAACACACUUGGGCUAUUGUACAAGUCUCAAAACAGAAGUGGAGCUUACAGAAUGAUAGUCAUUGACUCCUGCAUGAUCACUCUCCCAUUAUGUGAGAAAGCUUAAAUCAGAGCUGGUACAGUAUCUAUCUCUUAGUUAUAUCUUAAAACCAGUUUAGCAGGAAAUUAUCUAAUCUGCCUUUUGAUUGGGGAAAUCGAGUUUUAUAAACUGGGGUUGAAUAGGAGACUUGUCAAUGGCCAGUGCAUUUCCCACAAGGGGGUUGCCAGUCUGUCAGACCCCUUUGUCCUGAUACUGGCUAGACAGCAGGUUCAAAAACUAGGCUAUUCACCUCUACAUACAGGGCCAGCUCUACUGUGUGAUUUAGCAAACUCUAACAAACCCAUACCAAGUUCCCAGUAAAGCUUAUUUGCUUUUCACGAUUCUUAGAUACAUGUUUCUCUACCUGCAGUGCACUGAUCAGCUAAUCAGGUCUGUGGUGUACAAAUAAUUCAAAUGUUGUGAAUGUUAACAACUUUGCAUCUUAAUUUGACACAAAUAUCUGAUCAGUGCACUGCAGGCAGAGGUACAAGUAUGUACGUCCCAGAGUAGUCCAUAAACAAACCGGUUUUCUGAUGGCAAAGUAAAGAGCAAAUAAUUUUAAAGUUUAAGUACACCUGACAGUUUCUCAAUAAUAGGACUGAGAUCCCCAGUGGCUAAUAAUCAUUCAUACAACCCUACUUAAAAAAAAAAGCAGAACUAUCCCUUUAACUAUCAGAUGUUUCAUAGUUCUUUGAGGCCUAGACUUGUGGAUAGUGCACUUCACUGGCUCACAGGAUAACAAUGGUUUAUAUUGCUGAUAUAUGCACUCUACUGCAGCAGUACUGUCUGCCGCCAACCGAGCACAGUAUGUUUGGUCUCCUGUGAUAGGACAAAGCGUUCCCCUGAUCCUAUCAUAGUGGUGAGAUUGGACACCAGGCAUCCCACAGCACAUUCCUAUACUCAAUAUAUACACCAGUGCCAGAGACCUCAAGUCAGUGAGUGCAAGCAAUUUUGGCCGAAGAAUCUGAGGGUCAGCUGUCAGUCCUUUACAGAUAAGGCUCGGUGUGACUUCUUGACACGUUAUAAAUCAACUACUGCUGUCACUCCGCGUCAGCCUUUGUUGAAUGUCAGUGUGCCUAGAAACAGAUAUGUACUGGACUUAAAGAGGAGUAAAAAAAACAUGCAUAAAACAACAACUUUUGUGAAUUAGAGGCUCCCCUUUUCAGUUUAAAACCACAAUCAGCUUGUGUCCAUAUUGCUUUGAUAGAGACUGAUAUAAAAGUCUAAAAAAUCUUUCUUGUUUCCAAGCACUGAGUGUGACAGUUAGAGUACACACCAGACACAACAGACUAGCUUCAACACAUUACACUGGAUAUAAAUUUCCUGUCUUGUAAACUGAAAACCAAACACCCUCUGGUGUUUGUUGCUCAGGGGACACUUAACAAUAAGAAAUACAAAAUUGAGCCCUACAUGUAACUAUACCUGACUUGUUUAGCCAAAGUCAUUGUCCUGAAAUAAAAACUCAGAUGUCCUUUCAGGCUCCCUUUAUAAUGGUUUAACACUUAUUGUGUAGAGUGGAUGUUAGGCUCGGACGUCGCCUCAGUGCAGAUGCUUAAUAAAGCUCCACCUUAAUCCUAAUACUCUAGCUAAGUGCUUCACUGGAUUGUUGACGAAAGACAGUGCAAUGUGUGCAGAGAGACUUAUAAAGGACUUUUAAGUGUCUUUGUAGUAGAAGUUAGUGGUGAGUGGCCUAUAUGGAAGUGGAGAAAAAACACACCAGACCAUGUCAUUGUGUAACAUAGGCCAUGGGUUACAGAGGUUUUUGGGAGGAGUGUGGAACGCAGCCGUGGUUAGAUUCAAUUUCCUGUGCAGUCCCAUUCAUCCCACUUCGUGGCUGUGGUAUAAACUCACCCCUUUGUGUGGGAGUGUUUACCAGACUGCUAGACCUGGGCUAGUUUUUAAACCCUCUCUUUUAUACUUUUUAGGAAGCCAGGCCCCUUAGUCAUUUGCAGGGUUGGUUUUUGUCCCUUUGUUGAAUCCCCUGGACUGUUAUUGCACACCGAUGCCUCACUGAGUCACACCUGUCUCUGGAUGUCUCCCUACAUGUUAGCCACUGUACUCCAGUGAAAGACUCAGCUGUUACCGAGCUGCCUUGCCUUUUCUCCUCUUAUGCCUCUUCAGUCCUGAAGGGAGUCAGCUUCCAUUGCGUAACUGAAUAAACAUCAGUUAGGUGCUCUGCAGUCUCACGCUGCAGUGUGACUCAGUGGAGAGAGUGCACUGUGGACUCUGCCCUUGAAUGAACACAAUGACUGAGACACUUAUCGGGUAGCCUUGGCCCUCAUUUCCUCUUCUUAUCUUAAACUUUUCAAACAGUCUUAAACUCGUGAAGAGUUAUUUGUUUGGAAUUAUGCAGGGCCAAGGUCGCUUCUCCUGCAGCAGUGUUGGAAUUUCCAGAAGCUCUUGUUUUUGUUUUCUCCUUAACACACCGCUGACUUGCAUCCUCUCUCUUUGACAAAGAUGACUGCUUCCCUAGGGAAAUGUAAAUAGUUGUUUUCUGCCAGCAUGUGCUGCAUUAUAUCUACCUCUGCUACACCAGCGUUACUGCAGUCUUGGCAAGAGAGUGUCGUUAUUGCUACAGCAAACAGCCCCAAGGAACGACUCCUCCUUUCUUUCCCUUUUCUCCUUCAGCAAUGUCGCCUUUUAAGGAACACAUUGUCCAUGUGCGGUGUGUGCAGGGCAUGUUGGGGUCGCAGUGACAUUUUUACUCUUUCACCUUUCAGGUGUUAUGUAACUGUUGACAUUGAGGGGUACACAUGCUUUCCAUAUUUAACUAGUAUGUGACGCAGUGAGGCAAUGCAGCCAAGCUUGUGACAUGAAUUGUAGAGCCAAAGGACAAAGAUUAGUCAAUCAUUAAUUUGAUUGAUUUUUCUGUAGCUACUUGCCAUUUGUUUUCUGUAAGAAUACGAUUUGUAAAUUGUCUUGUUUACAUUCAUGAAUUUAAUACAGCUGCUCAUUUAUUUUAAAAAAUGUUAGAAAUCUAGCAGCUGCUCCCUUGUUUUAAAAAACUGCUUUUCCCCCUUUUUUUAUGGUUUUGUGCGCAUGUGUUUCUGUCCAUUGCACCUGGCGGUCCUUCAGUGCUCGGAUUUGACAAGAUGCCUUGGUGGGGCACCCUACUCAUCUCGAUGGGUUUCUCCCUUCUGACCGCCAUUGUGGUCUGGUUCAUUGUCUGUCCUCGCCUCAAGAAGAAGAUUGAAGGUAAGUCAUCUUUUUGUGUUUAAGGUCUCUCAUGAUCAGGUGAUUCAGUUUGGGAGUCGGUGUCUUAUGACCAUAAAAAUGAUGGUCUCCUCCCUGAAGAUACUGGUCAGGCAAGAGGGUUUAAACAUCCACACCAUGUAGCCUAAAGUGACCCAUUCACACUGAAGGCUCUCAUUAAUCCAGCAAAUGGAGCUUAAAGGGAUGUUAAGUCAUAAUGGAGUCACUCUAAUAAAAAGCCUUCCAAAACAUUGUCAGCGGUUUUGUUACGUAAUCCUGGAUUAAAGUUAAAACCUGAGAGUCAUCCGCGUACACGCAUAAGUGUGGUUUUGGCAUUAAAGGGAAAGCAAUCUUAUGAAUGCUCAUAGCCGUUAAUGACACAAUGCCUUUGGAUAAAGUGGUUCUUCACAACAGGCCCAUGAGAAGUCCUGCCUUCUUUCAUGCACCUGUGUAGAUGACACAUUAGUCGCAGCUGACACUAUCUAGAGCAUGGGCCUUCAAUCCAGUUUGAAAUAAAUUUUAAAAAAACCUGCUUGUCUCAGUUUAUAGCUAAACUUAUUUUGGAAGAAAGUGAUCUUAGAAUAUUGAUCACAUGUGUUGGUAUUUCUUCAAUCAUUAAGUAUAUCUGACCCAGCAUGAUCUGUGUAUAUUAGCAAAGAGCAAGUGGACAAGCAGCCUAAUUGGGUCAUAGUGAGCCUCUAAUUGGCCUUUAACUCCUUGACUAAAAUAAGCCCAGGUUGACUUAAGGUGUCAGCAUGGCAUUUACAGACUGUGUGCAGAGGGAAGGGUGUAGCAGACUGCCUUAACAAAACUGGUCAAAGCUGGAGCUGAAGCAGUCAACGUGGCUAACCAGUCAGACAACACCUUGGACUGUCAAAUAGAAAAUAUUGGCUUUAGGUAUCUCAUUCACUUGAAAACACAAACAAAUGUCAUGUGAGUCUAAGGGAUGUGCUGAGUCUUAUCGUGUUUCAUAAGUUAAGCUGCCAGUGGUAGUGUAAAUAUGUCCUUGCAAGGUAAUAAUCCAUUUAUCUGAUCCUGUGAACACAGCGGCGCACUUUUGAACGCAGCUUAAGUUGCGUGUCUGAGACAAAGGUUUUUUGAGAAUCUGGUUAUGCAAUUCUUAGGACACCCCGCAGUGUAGAUUGAAAGGAAGCACAUGUGCUGUUCUAGUAUUUCUCAGCUGUACUCAAUGUAUGUUUGGACGUGACCCAAGCAAUAUCUCACUGCAACUCGUCCUCUUAACAGGAGAUAUCAAGGCUGCCAGCCCCUCUGAGAGCCCCCUGAUGGAGAAGACGGAGCUGAAAGAGGCCCACUGUCCAAUCCUGAAACAGACUGCCAAGGAGACAUUUACCGACCCAGCUGUCAAUCAAAACCCCUCAGUGCAGUCGCAGGCCGCCCCCGAGGAACGCAGAGUGGCGUUUGACAUUGGAGACUCAGAAGACGUCGACAAUAAUAAAGAACGCAGGGUGGCGUUUGACAUUGGAGAUUCUGACGACACGGACAACAGCAAUGCAAAUGGAGGUAAGUUUGCCGCAAACAAUCUUGAGUUCGUUCAUGUCACUAAAGCUGUGAGAUGGAAACCUGAAACUUCCCUUGAUAUCCCCCUUCACAGCCCCCAAACAAAGCCAAUCAAAUAACCAAGGCAACAACCAGCAAGGCUAUGGCUCCACAAAUGUUGCCAAUCAGGUCCAGUUCAACAACCAGGUCCAGUUCAACAACAGACCUGCACAACAGAUCCCGAGCAACGGUUACAGCCAGUACCACACGGUCCACAAAGACUCGGGCCUCUACAAAGACCUACUGCACAAGCUCCACCUGGCUAAGGUUGGCGACUGCAUGGGCGAGGGCGGCGACCGACCCAUCCGGCGCAACAACAGCUACACCUCCUACACCAUGGCCAUCAUCGGCAUGCACGGAGACUUCAAGCACAAAGACACAGACUUCCGCGCCAGCGAGGAUGGCGACAAGGGCCCCGGGGGUCAGGACAAGAAGCGUGUGCGAAUGGACAGUUACACCAGCUACUGCAAUGCCGUGGCAGAGCACACGACCCCUGAAGGUUUGGGAGAGGGGGAUGUGGCGCUAGAAAUGGGGAAAGAUGACGCAGGUAGCAGCCGAAGCUCUCUGGAUGACGAUGGACUGGAGGCAGACAAACCCGAGGUCUCAACACUCUUCCAGUUCCUCCAAAUUCUCACUGCCUGCUUCGGAUCCUUCGCCCACGGAGGGAACGACGUCAGGUAUGCAGAUUGUUUUUAAAGGGUUGCUUUUAGUCGGUGUUGUUUGUUUUUUAACCUUUCCUUAAUACAACUUCAAAUUGGAAUCUUAAAAUAAUCCCUUUUAUUUCCUUCGCAGUAACGCCAUCGGACCGUUGGUAGCUCUGUGGCUCAUUUAUGACACCAGCAGUGUGACUUCAAACGCACCCACACCCAUUUGGCUUCUGCUGUAUGGGGGUGUUGGCAUCUGUGCUGGGCUCUGGGUGUGGGGACGCCGAGUAAUCCAGACUAUGGGCAGGGACCUCACCCCUAUAACACCCUCAAGGUAUGACUCCCCAGACUGUGCUAAACCUGUUUCUCGAUUAAAUAACAUGUUCCUCAGACAUUACUACUCUUCAGAUUUAGUAAGCAUGCACAAACAUAUCCACCUGAGAGUCAUGAGUGUAUUUUUUUUUAUUGCUCUUCAGUGGUUUCAGCAUUGAGCUGGCCUCAGCCCUGACUGUCGUGGUUGCCUCAAACAUUGGCCUGCCUGUUUCCACCACCCACUGCAAGGUACGCUGGUUAAACACUGUGGUCGGGGAAAUAGCCUAGACACGGGGGAAGAGACUAUUCAGUGUGAAGGAAGUUUAAGUAAACAGGAUUUGGUCCUGGAGACAGCUGAGAUGUUGUGCAACUUUCUCCAUUAUAAAACGGUUCAUUUUUAGACUUUACUCACUGCUGUGUUUUCAGGUGGGCUCCGUGGUCGCAGUGGGAUGGCUGCGCUCAAAAAAGGCCGUUGACUGGCGUCUGUUCAGAAACAUCUUCAUGGCUUGGUUCGUGACUGUGCCUAUCUCUGGACUGAUCAGUGCAGCCAUCAUGGCCAUCUUCAUCUACGGCAUCCAGGUAUAACAUUCAGCUGCAACCCCACGCAGGGGGGAGGAAGAAGAAAUCGCUCCAGAGCGCACCGGGAGACGAGGAGUUAAAGUUGGAUGGCCAAAAUAUAUCGCUUACCUCAAGCCGACAACUUUGGAAGAAAAAGGCAAAAAAAAAGAUGUUUGAAAUGAGUUGUGAUAUGGGCCUGUGGUUCUUGGCUGCACCAUUUUCGACCCAGAAUUUGCUGUCAGUUCCAGUUGGGCCACUUUCCUUCCAGUGCAUUUCUUUGUUCUGACUUACUUUGUCAUAUCACCAUUCUGUAAAGAGUUAAUCAAAAAAAAACAUCAACUGAUUUUUUUUCUACUAUCAUUCUUCCAUUUUUUUACUUUGCAAUUAUGUAUAUAAAACCAUGCUGUUUUAAUUUUUAUUUUACAUGUUAGUAAGGAAAUGAACAACUAUAAUGCAGUAUUAGCCCUUUUGCAAGAUAUAACUCUUCAGUCAUAGCACAUGCUGAAAGUAAGGUAGUUGCAAAAGGAGUAUUUUUAGGUAAAAAAACAAAAAAAAAAACAAGGUUAUGGUGUGUUUGUGUGUAUUUCCCCUGCCCCUGAAUUCUAAGUAUUUGUUGAAUUAAUAGUUUUCAUCUGGCUUCCUUUUUUAUCCUUUUAACUGGGAUAUACAUUUUCUCUCCCUGGUGUUAUGGAACAAAAAAGGACUUAACACUGUGAGUAUUGGCAGGUUUGGGGUGUUUUUCCUGACCAGCUGUUCUCCCUGAAUGUCUACCUGCAAAUUGAUAACUGAAACACUAUCAUUGGCAUGAGAAGUCAGUCCGUUUCUGACAAAAACUCUACUCUGAAAUCAGUGACCCAGAUUUUUUGAGUCUCCAUAGUCUUGCAGAUUUUGGUUAAUGCAGAGAUAUCUGCACAGAAUUACUUGAAUUUGAUAAAUGUAACAGCAGAAUGUCAAACAAGACCUUAAGUCUCCUGUCAAAACUUGAUUGCGUCAUACUCGGCCCUUUAAAUGCUUUAGGUCUGCUUCUGCCCCAUUUUUGCUGGCUAACCUUUCAUCAGCUACUUUCCAGUUUGGUUUUUCUGUGAAACUUGCACCUGUCUAGAUGUUUGGGUUGCUUUAGUUUUCUUCUCUCACUUGGCCCUGAGAAGUCGAAUACGGUUGUAAAUUGGGAGGAACAGAAACCUUUAAUCUGGAAGUUACCUAACUGAUGGUUUGAGCUGAUCUAGCCUUGUUCGAAUGAGGGUGGAUGUAAACAUUGCAUGCCACUGAUGUGUGGUCAUUUGGCUGCAGUACUAAAUGCAUUUCAGAGCUGUAGAUGCUGUAGUUGCCUUAAUUGCUUUAUUUUCCCUUAGGUACCAAAGAAAGGAGUUUUUGUUUUGUUUUUUAAUGCACAUCAACAUACUGAUUCACUCUUGUGGAUAAAAAAAAAAACAACAAAUGAAAAAUAAAAAUGGGAAAAUACAU